AUGUCAAGCACUCUGGUGGAUCACAGGCAUGUUGCAAGCACUCUGGUGGAUCACAAGCAUGUUGCAAGCACUCUGGAGGGCCACAAGCAUGUUGCAAGCACUCUGGAGGGCCACAAGCAUGUUGCAAGCACUCUGGAGGGCCACAAGCAUGUUGCAAGCACUCUGGAGGGCCACAAGCAUGUUGCAAGCACUCUGGAGGGCCACAAGCAUGUAGCAAGCACUCUGGUGGACCUCAAGCGUGUUGCAAGCACUCUGGAGGACCACAACCAUGUUGCAAGCACUCUGGUGGACCACAAGCAUGUUGCAAGCACUCUGGAGGGCCACAAGCAUGUGGCAAGCACUCUAGUGGACCUCAAGCAUGUAGCAAGCACUCUGGUGGAUCACAAGCAUGUUGCAAGCACUCUGGAGGGCCACAAGCAUGUUGCAAGCACUCUGGUGGACCUCAAGCAUGUAGCAAGCACUCUGGUGGAUCACAAGCAUGUUGCAAGCACUCUGGUGGACCUCAAGCAUGUAGCAAGCACUCUGGUGGACCACAAGCAUGUGGCAAGCACUCUGGAGGACCACAAGCAUGUUGCAAGCACUCUGGUGGACCUCAAGCAUGUAGCAAGCACUCUGGUGGACCACAAGCAUGUUGCAAGCACUCUGGUGGAUCACAAGCAUGUUGCAAGCACUCUGGUGGAUCACAAGCAUGUUGCAAGCACUCUGGAGGGCCACAAGCAUGUUGCAAGCACUCUGGAGGGCCACAAGCAUGUUGCAAGCACUCUGGAGGGCCACAAGCAUGUAGCAAGCACUCUGGUGGACCUCAAGCGUGUUGCAAGCACUCUGGAGGACCACAACCAUGUUGCAAGCACUCUGGUGGACCACAAGCAUGUUGCAAGCACUCUGGUGGAUCACAAGCAUGUUGCAAGCACUCUGGAGGGCCACAAGCAUGUUGCAAGCACUCUGGUGGACCUCAAGCAUGUAGCAAGCACUCUGGUGGAUCACAAGCAUGUUGCAAGCACUCUGGUGGACCUCAAGCAUGUAGCAAGCACUCUGGUGGACCACAAGCAUGUGGCAAGCACUCUGGAGGACCACAAGCAUGUUGCAAGCACUCUGGUGGACCUCAAGCAUGUAGCAAGCACUCUGGUGGACCACAAGCAUGUUGCAAGCACUCUGGAGGGCCACAAGCAUGUUGCAAGCACUCUGGAGGGCCACAAGCAUGUUGCAAGCACUCUGGAGGGCCACAAGCAUGUGGCAAGCACUCUGGUGGAUCACACGCAUGUAGCAAGCACUCUGGUGGAUCACACGCAUGUAGCAAGCACUCUGGUGGAUCACACGCAUGUAGCAAGCACUCUGGUGGAUCACAAGCAUGUUGCAAGCACUCUGGUGGACCACAAGCAUGUUGCAAGCACUCUGGAGGACCACAACCAUGUUGCAAGCACUCUGGUGGACCACAAGCAUGUUGCAAGCACUCUGGAGGGCCACAAGCAUGUGGCAAGCACUCUGGUGGACCACAAGCAUGUUGCAAGCACUCUGGUGGACCACAAGCAUGUUGCAAGCACUCUGGAGGGCCACAAGCAUGUGGCAAGCACUCUGGUGGAUCACAAGCAUGUUGCAAGCACUCUGGUGGACCACAAGCAUGUGGCAAGCACUCUGGAGGACCACAAGCAUGUUGCAAACACUCUGAAGGGCCACAAGCAUGUAGCAAGCACUCUGGAGGACCACAACCAUGUUGCAAGCACUCUGGUGGACCUCAAGCGUGUUGCAAGCACUCUGGAGGACCACAAGCAUGUAGCAAGCACUCUGGAGGACCACAAUCAUGUAGCAAGCACUCUGGUGGAUCACAAGCAUGUAGCAAGCACUCUGGUGGAUCACAAGCAUGUUGCAAGCACUCUGGAGGGCCACAAGCAUGUGGCAAGCACUCUGGAGGGCCACAAGCAUGCGGCAAGCACUCCUCUUGAUUACCGCUUCACAAUUUUCAGAAUUCUUUACCUCCUGGAGUACGGCAGGUGGCCUUCAGGCAUGCUUGCUGAUUGCUUGAUUCGUAAAGUUGUUUUUCUUCGUAGCCCGAGGGCCCGUAUGUAG